GGGCGCAAUAAUGCGGGCGCAGGGGAGCACAGCGGCAUCACUGCUGCGGCAGUAAUGGCCGGCCGGUUCCACCACGGCGUCUACUAGAGAUACUUCGAGCCCACCCCUUCCUUGAUCCCUUCACCACCCGCUCCGGAUCGCGCCUGGCCCCCAAGCGCACCCCAGCAUCUUUGCCGAGCGGCGCCGUUCAUUGGGUGGCGAGGCGACCCCGGCUCUCGGUGUGGUCUCCGCCGGCGUUGCUCUGGUUGUUGCGAUUGAGGAGGGCGGCGCCAUGGGCAUCUCGGCGAGGUGGCUUAAGUCGUUGGUUGGGCUGAGGAAGGUGGAGCGCCAGCAGCAGCGUAAGGAGGAUGAAGCUAUCGGACAAAUGAAAAAUGACGCCACAGACCAGAUUCACGGCCAGAAUCUGCACUUCCAAUAUGAUAGCUGCCUUGCUGCACAAGAAGAGUUUCCAGAAGUUGCUAAUGGAAAUGGUUCACUGGAAGGUGAUUCGGAUGUACCUUCAUGUUUGGAACCCACUUGUGGUUCACCUCAUGUUCCACUUCCUCAAACUGAAGAUGGACUCAAUGAGAUCUGGGCUGCUACAGUUAUUCAGACAGCAUUUAGAGCUUUCCUGGCUAGGAGAGCCCGUCGAGCUUUAAAAGGGCUGGUUAGGCUUCAAGCCCUUGUAAGAGGUCAUAUCGUGAGAAAGCAGGCUGCUACAACGCUCCGUUGUAUGCAAGCUUUGGUCAGGGUUCAAGCCCGUGUUAGAGCAAGGCGUGUUCGCAUGGCUUUGGAAAACCAGACUGAUCAGCAAAAUAGUUCACCUGAGCAAACAAACGAGGCACAUGUUAGAGAAAUUGAGGAUGGCUGGUGUGAUAGUAUGGGUUCUGUGGAAGAUAUCCAAGCAAAACUUUUGAAAAGGCAGGAAGCUGCAGCUAAACGUGAGCGAGCCAUGGCUUAUGCUCUUACUCAUCAGUGGCAAGCAAGUGCAAGACAAGCUACAACAUUUGAACCUGACAAGAACAACUGGGGCUGGAAUUGGCUAGAGAGAUGGAUGGCUGUUCGUCCUUGGGAGAGUCGGUUCCUUGGCGCUUACACAGCAGAUGGAAGUGUCAUGGUUAAUGAAUUCAGGCAACCUGACAGAAAUGCAACCAAGACCCCAUACAGAAAACCUGUUAAAAAGUCGGAUUCAACUCUUCAAUCAAACACACUGAACCGGAAGGUCUUCCCGUCGAACUCAGAGGGUGGUGGCUCCUCGACAAACCGUUCCAGUGGUUCUGUAUCAGCUAAAUCUAGGCUGAAGGUGUUAACCAGAGAAGGUUCUGAUGAAGCUUCAUCUCGUCCUUCAGGACUUGGUGUGCGUUCCACUAGUAAUCCAAAGGAGAGGACUCCCACUGGUAAUCCAAAGGAGAGGAUUGGGGAUUUGGAUUGUCAAGGUCAUAAAAGACUGUCCUUGCCUGGCAGUGGUGUAGAAGCUGGCAAACGUCUGACAAAGAAAGCCACGGCUAACCGAUCCCUGAAGCCUACAAAAGAGCACCGAAUGUUGCAGUCAAGGCAUCACCUUGCCAGUUCCAUUGAUCCGUUGCCCAACAGAGUUGAGCUGGAGACUACCGGAUUACCGGAACCUCCCUCUCGUCAACGUCCCUCGUCCGUCGCGCUCAAGGAAACCCCACCCCAGUUGCGCGCUAUGGCGGCGACGUCGCCGAGGCGCGCGUCGGUGGCUGCCGCCGUUGCCACCGCCGUGCUCCUCCUCCUCGCGUCCGUGGCCGCGGGCGACGACCGCAACGGCGUGUACGACCCGUGCGCGGACACGACGGUGGGGCGCGGCGACGGGUUCACCUUCGGUGUGGCCUUCACGGGCCGCGACGCCUUCUUCUCCGGCGGCGUGCAGCUCUCCCCCUGCGACAGCCGCCUCGGUCUCUCCAACCGCGCCCAGGUCGCGCUCUUCCGCCCCCAGGUCGACGAGAUUUCGCUCCUCACCAUCAACUCCUCUUCCUUCGACCCGUCAUCUUCUGGUGGGUACAUGGUAGCUUUCGCCGGGAGGAAAUACGCCGCGAGGUCAGCUCCGGUGUUCGUUGGCAACAGCUCCUACACGGUGACCAGCUUUACCCUGGUGUUGGAGUUCCAGAAGGGCAGGCUGGAGAACCUGUUCUGGAAGGACGGCGACUGCAAGUCGUGCUCCGGGCGCGCGGACUUCGCGUGCGUGGACAAGAGCUGCGCGGUGAAGACGACGAGCUGCAAGGGCAAGGGCGGGCAGGCGGACUGCAGCCCCGGGAUCCAGCUGGCGUUCUCGGGCACGGACAAGCACGAGGACGUGCUCAACUCGUGGUACGAGGUGUCCAAGCUCCGGCAGUACUCCCUGUUCGGGCUCUUCUCCAACCUCAAGGACUCGCUGGCCAGCCAGUUCAGCAGCUUCUUCUAGAGCCCGGAUCGAUGGGAUGAGCGAGACCAGAGAUAUCGUUCUGUAUGUUCGUUGAUCUGUUGUGCCGAACUACGCUAGCAUGUGCAUGUUUAGUGAAUGGAGUACUUCUGUUUGUUCAUUACCUAUCGAUCCUUUUAUAUGUAGAAGAUGUAUGCCUACAUGUGGUUGGUAUAAUGCAUACGAGACAGUUCUUCAGUUUUGAUUUUUAUUCUUAAACAUGUUCCGCGCCA